AUGAUGCGAAAGGCCGGGAAACGAACCGUUGCGAAAACUGGAGCCCCUCCCAAAGGACUUUUCGCAGGAGGUGCCAUUUUGCGACAUGGCCGCGUGCAAUACGCUCAAAAUGGCCGAAUUUCGUUCGGGAAACCGCAUUCGGUGUCAAUCGGCGGGCCACCGCACCUGAUGCCAGUCAACAGCAGUGGGAAUAACGCUGGUCAUUACAGUGACGAUCACUCUGUUCGAUGGGGCGUUGGCAACGCUGUGCACCAUAACAAGCCUGGAUAUCCGUCAGUGUCGAUUGCUGGUGUCGGCUGUCGUCAACAGCUCGCUGCUGACGACGAGGAUUAUUCCGUAGCUGGCGACACUCAAGCCGGGCCGCAAAAUUGGUCCGAGUUUUUCCCGCCGCCGCCACCGGCUUCGGACCUGUUUCCGUCGUCCACCGUUGUGUUGAAUAGGUUUGACUCUCAGCCAUUGAAGGAUUCGUCCCAACGCUCAACUCCUCGUCAGCAACACAAGCCCUUGAACACAAACGCGACUCGUUUCGCGUCAACGUCCGCCAUCACGGGGACAGGAAGCAACAGUGGCAGUCCGGGGUCGUCCCACAGAGAGCCGCCAUCGUCGCGUCGACGAAGGUCGCCGGCCAUGAUGACGUAUCAGAUUCCCACUGGCGACAGUGGGACAGCCCAACAGCAACAUCAACAGCAACAGCAGUUGACAAAUCGCUCGGAAAUGUUUGGCCCGAUGAUUCAAGCUUACUUGGCUCAGCAGGGGAUGAUGAUGAAAGAGUUUGAGGCCGAGGAGCGGAGGGAGAAUCAGAAACGCAUGGAGUUUCAAGCUGCCAAUCGUUCGAGGUUUCGAGCAUCGAAUCCUUUGUUCGAUUCCUCUCGGGUCGCCCAUGAGUACUCGGACCUUGAAAGUGUGUCCAAUUACGGCGCCAUGUCCGACGACGAGGAGUCGUACGCCGGGAUUCUUUCGUUGGGCGGCGAGGAUCGCGGAUUCAGCGACGACGGCGAGGCGUCCGUCAACAGUGGCGGCAGUCUCGGCCCGAAACGGGUUUCUCUGUUCAUGGAUGGCGAUUACGCUAAAAGCGACGCCAGUGAUUUCUUCGUCCAAAGCGUGAUGCAGAAAAGGCCGAAGUCCGUGAGGAAGUCUCCGUCUGCACAACCGCAAACUCCGGGUUAUUCCUUGGGGGAAUGUCCCCAAAACGCAAAUUCUGUCUCGACGGGACUGCAUGGCAUCAAGUCAGGACCCAUCAGCAAAAAUAUCAGCAACAGCAACAAAUGCAGACCCGAUGCCGCGUCGACAGGAUCGGUGUCGAUGCUCGCGACGUCAACUGUGUCGCCGGGUGUGAAUAAGCAGCCACCGAGUUACACGUCGCCGACGUCACCGCUGUCGACAAAUGACCCGAAAAAUUUCAUCACUGCCAGCAAUUUGAGAGACAGUGACGCGUUUGUUCCUGAGGCUCAAGUUUGAGCAAGUUUUUUUUGUUUCUCCCGUUGGAGGAAAAAGAAAAAAAGCUGGAGGUUUGUUGUGUGACACGUGUGUCAAGUUCAUCAUAGUUCGUCCGGGGUUUUAUUUAGUUUGUUUUUCCUCUUCGCCCUCAACGUUAAAACUAAUGGAAUUUUCAUGAAGACCUCGCAUUUGUUUUUGAGCUUUUUUUUCAAAACAUUUUUUAGUCAAGAGGCUGAAGCCAGUUUUUGGAAUGCGAAGGGUUUCUCUCAAGUUUUGGAAAUGACCAACGAGUUUUCAUUGCGGACAGAAGAUAUCUGGUGUGGUAAAUUUGUAAUGCGUGAAGAAAUUUUAUGGUAAUCUGAAAACUUUAAUCAGGAAUGCAAUUAGAAAUUAUUCGUAGGGCCUCCUAAUUUACAUAUUUGAAAAACUUGGAAAAUGUCCACUCCUGCAUGCUGAAAAAAAUCGAUACGGAGGGUUCUUUCGAAUUCACUGGAAAUUUUAAAAAGGGAGCAAAUAUCUCAUUAUUUUUUACCGAGAGACAGGGAUCAUUUUUUUCCAUUGCGUUACUUGUAGUUUUCUGGGUUAUUUAAUAUGGAAGAUGAUGCAGAAAGUAUUGGAAAUUUUUUCUCACGCACAAAAGGAAACGCAGCAAAUGUAUUUAUUUAGAUUUGGUGGAAUAACAUGAGGUUUUUGAAACAAACACUUAGUUGUUUGCUGACAAAGAGAUGCCUUUACCAUAUUUUAACCAGCUGCAAUGAUGAUUUGUUGGUAAUUCGGAAAACUUUUGAGAUGCCCUUCGUCCUUCUUUCUGUUCAAAAUUAUGAAGAGACUUCAUUUCCGUGAACUGCACGAAAACUUUGAAAACGUCUUUCGUAAUCGAACAAAGAAAUUUCUGGAAAGCAAAAGACGAAAUGAGUAUUUAAUUCGCUUUCGUCGUUACAAAUGUGAUAGCUGAGCGCUCGACCUUUGUUUUAUGGGUACUCAUACGACGUAUUGUAUUUAAAACUAAAAUGAUUGACGGCUAUUUAAAUUCAGACCGAAGAGAAGUUCGAUUUUUUUUUACUAUGAGCUUACAACCGAAGUGCUUCCUGAACUCAACGAUGGAUUUUCGGGUUUCGGUUCCUCUUUUUUUUCGAAAGAGCAUAUCGUUAUUUCGCGUCAGUGAGUGGAUCAUUCACUUUUGCAAAGAGAACUUUGCAAGCAUCAGGAAAAAAUCUUUCAAUAGUUUGUGUUUUUUCUUGUCGAAUCUGUCAGUCGUCGUAAUCAUUGAAAUUGUUGGACUUGGAAAGGUAUGAGAUGCUGGUAGGUUGUCGUGAACCGUUUGUUUUUGUUUUUUUACGGCGAGGAAAAGAAAUUUUUUCGGUUGUUUCGUGGAAAAUGAAAACAGGCAAUGCUUUUGUGGCGAUUUCUUUAA